CAUAAUCCUCGUGGACCAGUCGCAUAACUAACCCCUAGAGAUCCACGGCUUAUUUGCUUUACCAUUCUCCAUCACCAAUCAACUCCUCGACAAGCAGACUCUUAACUACCCCUUCACUCAACACCCACCCGCAAUUCUUUACCAAUAAACAUCAACUUCAUCAUCUCUUUUGGACCCAUUCCUUUAUUCUCUCUCUCUCUCUCAUUCCUUCCUCAAAACCUUUUCGGUUGCCUACUCGAAAGAAAUUCACCCAGCAAAAGCAACCAAAGAUUUGCUCCUUACCCAACUUAAGAGUCAGUUACCGUAUAUGCUUACUUACCCGCCAAACUAUCCCCUACCCCUUUCCCAAUUCCCCGUUUCUUCAAUACCCAUCUCGAGGAAUGACCCUAAACUCCAUCGAUGGGAGAGAAAAGAUUGGAUUUUGAUGCGCCCCUUCUAUCUGUUCGACGAAUCGCCUCAAAGAACGGGCCGAGAGCGAAAACAGCCCAAAGCCCGGGAUUUAUCCCCUUUACAUGGGAGCAAACGCCUGGGAGACCGAAGGGGCUCUCGCAAGAUCCAACCCUUGUUGAGGAUGAUGACGGUGGAGCCUCUGCGGAUGGAGUCGAAACUUUUUCAUGCAGAGACUCAUCUUUCUUUGAUUGCGGCGUCAGUGGUUUUAGCGGCGAGCAUGAUGACGUGGAGGAUUCGAGGAGCUCUGAUAAGGAUGCAGAGGCUUGCGAAUUCAUGAUGGGUCGGUUCUUGACGGCAGCCAAGGCAAUGGCUACAGGCCCGUUAGAGAUUAGCUCUUCAAAAGAGGAAGAGAAAGAAGGUAAUGUGAAGUAUAGAAGGUUGCCUGUUCCUCUGCCUUAUCAACAUAGGCCUGAUUUUGUUUCGAAGAUUGCUUAUGAUCGCGAAGAGCUUGGGAGGUAUAUGGAUGAAGAGGAGGAGGAGGAUUAUACGGGUGGUACUCAUUUUUCGAGAGCUUGUGGAUUGAUUCCUCGAUUUUUCUUGAAAAGUUCGUUUCUUUUGUUGAACCCAAUCCCUGGGAUGAAAGUUCGAAGCCAUUUGCCACUGACUUCUCAAGUCAAAGUUUCUAAUAAUGGGUCAAUCGCACAAGCUGCGAAUGAGUCAUGGGAUGUGGUAUACAAGCAUAAGGUCAGUAAUAUGAACAGUCCAUUAGAGGAUGAAAGUAAGUUCACGAGUGAAUCAAAUAACCUUACAUACUGGAGUGAUUCCCAAACUCUCGAUGAUUCGUCAAGCCACCAUUCUCUGAAAUCAUCUCUUAAUGAAGAUAAGGGUUCUCUAGCAGUUCUUAGGAGAGGACUGGAGGGUAGGAAGACUGUUAGCUUUGAUUGGAGUGAGAGAGUCAGUGAAAAAUAUAGCAAUAUGAGUCCUGCUCAAGGCAAGAAUCAAGGUUCAUUCUCUAAGCGCCAUUCAGUUGAUAGAACUCUUUGUGUAGCGAACACAAUGGAGGAUAAUUCUGUUCAUGAAACUUGUCAGAAGGAUGAGUUGCAGUCUAAAAUUUCUGAGUCAAAUGGAGUAGGCUUAUCAUCUGGUUCAGAACAAAAAUCAAAUUUUAAUGGGAUGAAUGACUACGAUAAUAGCCAAUUGGCUUUGAAAGUUGAAGAAAAGGAGAGGAAUAGUGAUGCACUUGCACUUUCUCUCCUUCCUCCUCCAUUGCCAAAAUCUCCUUCUGAGUCCUGGCUCCAGCAAACUUUGCCUUCAUUGUCAUCGAAAAAUCCAUUUACACAGUCAUUAUUGAGUAUUCAAGGCCAACACAGGAAACAAGGUUCAAGAGCGUCAUCAAAAGACUUCAAAUUGGCAAAUGAUGCUGGAGCACUGAAAUGGAGGACUCAAGGGACGAGGUUUGCAUAGAUGCUGAAAAAGCCUGCAAUGCUGAAAUGGGAUACGUAGCGUGUAACUAGUUCUUGUUCAGUUUCUUGCACACAUUCAUUUUGGUGACGGCUCUUGAUGUAUUAUACUGUAUAAAUAGUAAUAUAGUUAUGUUGAUAUCUGUCCAUAGAUAAUUACUCUUUCAAAACA